GAAAGUAAACACUUUCCUCCCAUCGAAAUAUCCAUCGUCCAUUAUCAGAUUCUGUUUUUUUUGUUUAUUCGUCGGAAAAGCUGCGCAUUUACCUUUUCCGUCGAUUUUCCGGGAGGUAGUGAAAACAUCAACCGCUUCACCAAUCAGUCAGUGUGCAAACAAUGGCGGAGUCGCUGGAAAAUAGUGCCCCAAUCGCUUCCACAUCUUCGUCUUCGACUGCUGCUGCUCUUCUGGUAGAUAUACACAGCGAUGGCGACGAAAAUAAACAAUCCCAGGCGGAAAUGGACGAGAAAUCUGACCCAGAAAUUGUGAAAAUGGAGUGCCCCGUAUGCCUUCAAACAUGUAUCCAUCCCGCAAGGCUGCCUUGUGGCCAUAUUUUUUGCUUCCUUUGCGUCAAGGGCGUUGCAUUCAAGAACCGUCGCUGUGCGAUGUGCCGACGGGACAUUCCUCCCAGCUAUCUGGAACAUCCGCAGCUGGUGAACGGGCUGCGAGAGGUGGAAAUGGCUGCCAAAGCCAACGACGGUGCAGAAUAUCAGUGGUACUACGAAGGCCGCAACGGUUGGUGGCAGUACGAUGAACGCACCAGCCAGGAGCUGGAGGAAUCCUAUCAGAAAAAGGAGAGGUUCUGCAAAAUUUUGGUGGCUGGUUUCCUAUAUAUCGUGGACUUUGAACACAAGUGCCAGAUUCGACAAAAUGAUCCCUCCAGAAUUCGUCGGGUAAAGCGAGAUUUGGCUACGAUUCCCAAGAAGGGAGUAGCUGGCUUGAGAUUGGAAACGAAUGAUUUGACCGCCGGAUCGACACCUAGUUCCAAUUCGGAUGGAUCGUUGAACUCGGAUGAUUUACAUGCGGAAACUAAUCUACUGCAGAUGCAUCGCAACAUAGUUGUCGAGGAAACGGAGGAGGACGAACUGGAGGAGGAUAUACGUCGUGUCAAUUUGGAUGGCAGUUUCAGCAGUGAUACUAAUAAUAGCACAAACAAUUCGUUUGGUGAGGAGGACCCACUUCCGGGAGGCUCCGGUAGCGGGGUCAACUCCGGUGGCGAAGUGGAAUUGACCGAAGCUAUCAAUAAUUUGAAUGCACUGUCGUUGCGAGAGCAACGAACGAUUGAAAGGUCAGGAGAACCAGUUACGAUCAGACGACGUAUUGUAACCGAUCUCCUGGCGCUCAGUGAUAGCGAUGAUGAUAAUGAUCACAUUAUCCUUUAGAUUUUGAGUAGAGUCACAACUACGUAGUAUGCAUACCGCAUUUUUAAGCACGGCUAUCUGGAAGCUUGAAGGUAGUUUGGCAAUUUUUUUUUUAAAUUUCCGUCUUCUUCAUAAAUGAGCAUUUUUGUGCAAUAGAAAGAAUUCAAUAUUUGUUUUAGUAGCAAGACUUCUGGAUAGUACCGUUGCAUUAUCCUCGAAGGAAACCGCAUCACUAGUGGCUAUCGAUAAGGACGGUUCUUUCAUUCACGCAAAAAAUGUUCGCAAGACUCGUUAUGUUCAUAUUCGAUCUUUUAGUUUGUAAGAAAUAAUCUAAACUGGGCUCUCAAAUUAUCAAUCUAUAUAAUAGCUAUCAACAUAAGUAUACUUUUCUACACCGAAAUAAUCUGAAGCGCUGAAUAUUUUUGUUACUGCAACUUUUUUAACUGAUUAAUAAAGCCAACAUUUGGUUGAA